UAUAUACAUAGAAUUUAGUUUCCAGAAAUCACACAGAACCAACUUCCUUUCUUCCUAUGAGCUUCUUAUAAUAAUCAUAUAUAUACAAUCAUAUCAGUAAAAAUCUCAACAUGGUUCAUAUCUUUUCAUGAUAAUUGAUUCAUGCUCAAAUUUAAAGCUUAAAUCAAGCCUAAAGUUUCAACCCCAUUAAAGGUAAGAGCUAAUUUUUGUUAAAGUUUUGAAAUUUUUUCAUAUGGGCUUCAAGAAAUGUGUUUAUUUAGUUUCUAAGAUUUAAUAUUUAAGUUAGAAUACUCUGUAAGUUAUUUGGGGCAAAAAAGGUUAUAUGAAUUGUCUUGCAAAGAUUGAAACUUUAAGUAGUUUGGGGCAAAAUAGAUUUAUGAUUGUAGUAAUUAUAUUCCAAAGAUUGGGACUUUAAGUUGUUAGGGGCAAAAUAGGUUUAUGAUUGUAGUAGUUAUAUUCCAAAGGUUGAGACUUUAAGUUGUUUAAGGCAAAAGGGGUUUAUGGUUGUAGUAGUUAUAUUCCAAAGAUUAGAACUUUAAGUUCCACCGGAUACCCUGGUUAGGCCGCGUACAUCUUAGUCAAAAUAAACAAGACUCAUCCUCCUUGGUAACUUGAAUAGGACAAAGUUAUUCGUUUAUCGAAAAUUUGUGAGUUAUUCGAGACAAAAGGGGUUUACGGUUUAUCUUCUAAAGAUUGCAACUUUAAUUUAGGGAUAUGAUUAAACACAUACUAAACAAGCUUCCAAAAAAAUCAUCUUCUAAAUCAUCACAUAAUGAUGAAGAUAUAGAUUUUGGUGCUAUAACUUCAUCAUCUAGUAAAGUUUCAAGCUCCAGCUCGAUUUCGAGUAAAUCGAAUGAUGAAGCGCGUAAUUCGAAUGUUAAGCCUGGUCAAGGGAAAAAGUCAGGUCCUGUUGUGACCCAAGUGGUGGAAGUAGUAAAUCAUGAUUCUUAUAUAGCAUUGCCUAGUUUUCGGGAGGUAUCAAGUUCAGAAAAACAGAAUUUGUUUAUCAAGAAGUUGAAUAUGUGUUGUGUAGUGUUUGAUUUCAAUGACGCUGUUAAGGAUUCGAAAAAAAAGGAUGUGAAGAAACAGACAUUGCUUGAGGUUGUUGAUUAUGUUUCCUCAGUUAAUUCAAAGUUUAAUGAAGUUACAAUUCAGGAGAUCACGAAAAUGGUGGCUGCUAAUCUAUUUAGGUCCUUGCCUAAUUUGAAUCACGAAAACAAAGUCUUGGAUUUGUAUGAUCAAGAAGAUGAUGAGUUUUAUAUGGAUCCUUCAUGGCCACAUCUGCAAGUUGUGUAUGAGUUCCUUCUUAGGUUUGUGGCUUCAUCGGAGACAGAUGCAAAGCUUGCCAAAAGGUAUCUUGAUCAUUCAUUCGUGUUGAAGUUGCUUGAUCUUUUUGAUUCAGAAGAUCAAAGAGAAAGGGAGUAUCUUAAGACAAUCAUGCACCGGAUAUAUGGAAAGUUCAUGGUGCAUCGCCCGUUUAUCAGGAAAGCCAUCAACAAUAUCUUCUAUCUUUUCAUAUUUGAAACAGGUAAGCACAAUGGGAUAGCCGAAUUGCUUGAGCUUUUGGGUAGUAUAAUUAACGGGUUUGCUUUGCCAUUGAAGGAAGAACAUAAGCUUUUUCUUGCCCAUGUUUUGAUCCCCCUUCACAAGCCCAGAAGUUUAUCGGUUUAUCAGCCGCAACUAUCAUACUGUGUUAGUCAGUUUAUUGAAAAAGACUCCAAGUUGGCCGAUAUGGUGAUUCGUGGUUUAUUGAAGUAUUGGCCUGUAACUAAUAGUUCAAAAGAGGUCUUGUAUCUAAGUGAAUUGGAGGAAAUACUUGAAGCUACACGGGCUCCGGAAUUUGAGAAGUGUAUGGUCCCUUUGUUUCGUCAGAUUGGUCAUUGCCUAAAUAGCUCACAUUUUCAGGUUGCAGAACGUGCACUGUUCCUAUGGAAUAACGAGCAUAUAAGGAAUCUAAUAACUCAAAAUCGCAAGGUGAUUCUGCCCAUUAUAUUCGCCCCCUUGGAGAAAAAUACUCAAGGUCAUUGGAACCAAGCCGUUCAAAGCCUAACUGUAAAUGUCAAAAAACUACUAUCAGAUGCCGAUCAAUUAUUAUUCGCAGAUUGCCUGGUCAAGUACCAAGAAUAUGAAACCAAGGAGAAGGAAAGACUAGCAAAGCGACAGUUGACAUGGAGCCGUCUGGAUGCCAUUGCAGCUUCCAGGAACGAGCCUAUGGUCAUCUCGAGGUUUGCCUCUUCUGUUACUAUCACCACUGUGAAUUAAUGAACUUGUGGCAGUUGAACGACCAACACCCUAUUGAAUUGACCCGUUGGUCAAAGUCGACUUUUGGGUUUGACCAGAUUGUCACAAAAUCUGGAGAACUUUUAUGAUUUUUUUGAUCUAGAAGCAAACAAUAGUUAAAUCUAGGGAUAGAAAUCAAGACUUUAUUCUCCUAGUUUUAUUUUGUUUUGUUUUUGGACAAUAUCUUUUCAUUUGUAUCAUAUUGUGUUUGUGAUAUAAAAUUACUGUGCAAUUUGAGAUAAA